AUGCCGUUCAACAAAAGGACCGUUGAACCGAUAUAUCUAAGUCAGGUACAAAUUCCAAAAGAUAUUCAGAAUGAACUCGAAUGUGUUGCUAACCAUACAUGUGCCAAUGUUAUUCGACAAUUAAGCUCGUUAAGUGCUCAUGCACAAGAUCUUUUUGAAGAGUUAAUCAAUGAUGCUGGACAUAUAUUUCAACGUGCAGAAGCACUGCAUGGUCGAAUUGAACGGCUUAAACAGCAAGUGACACAACUGGACUCCAAUGUUGAAGAAGUGACUAUUCAAGAUGUGAACAAUCGAAAACCAUUUGUUAGUGUCACUCGUAUCGACCAACAAGUAGUAAACCGAGCAACGAUGCCGCAAUCACUUCGAUCGCUUUAUGAACAAGCUGAACCAGCACCAGCUCUGCAUCUAUUGAAUCCAUAUCGUGAUGAUGGUCGCGAUUCCACGAAAUUUUAUACAGAUCCAUCAUUCUUUUUCAAUCUAUGGAUGCAAUCGAUGAUACAACUUCCGCAAAACAACCAUCAUCAUCGAUCUGGUAAACAUGAACGAAAUCGAUCACCGAAAGGACAUCAACAAGAAUCAAUUUAUGCAACAAAUCCCACAUCAUCGUCCCAAGCUCGUCUAAUUCGGCAAACAUCUGAAGAGCAACAAUAUCGAAGUCCGCAAGAACUAGUUCGUCAUCGAACUGAAUUUGAUCAAAAUGGUCGCGGAACUAUUCGAUCACACAUCCAUCAACAGCAAAUCUAUUCACCGCCAAACCCUCCUCGCCAACUCAUGCAAUAUCCAAAUAACAAUCACCUAAAUUAUCAUCCUGACUCAGCUCAAUAUGGCAGUCCGACUCUAUCAAACUCAUCAUCCAUACGUGAACAACCAUCUAUGACAAUGAAUUUUAAUACUAGUACUCCAGAAUCUACGUCCCACAUGCCAAAUGGAUACAAUACCGAACCAUCACCUCGACUUAACGCACAUUCAUCGACUAUGAAUUGGCAAAAUCCAAUGCCACCACCUCCACCACCACCAUUACUAUCACAAUUCGAGCCAUCCAAUCAUAUUUCACAUCAUUCGAUGAUGAGACAGGCAAUUACCAGACCAUCUACUAGCCCACCACCCCCUCCCCCGCCGCCACCAAUUCCACCACCCGCACCUCCUCUAUCGAACAUGGGCAUGGUCACACUUGCAACGAUUUCUGAGAUCGAUAGUUUACCUCCACCGCCUGCUGAUUUUAUCGAACAAUCGCCCUCGCCACCGCCCACACUCCCACCUCCGCCUGCACCUCCAUUGCCAUCGAGUAUACCACCAGCACCGCCUCUUCCAAAUUCCGCAAUACAAUCACUUGUGAUGCGCCCUUCAACGACAGAUACGUCAGUUAAACUCAACAAUGGCUCAAAUAAUCAUCAAAACCAUUCGUCAUUGCAUCGAGACGAUGUAUCCAUGACAUCAGAAACCUCGAUUCAGGAUCAACGUCCUUAUAUCAUGCGUGAUCUUCAUUCGGAUCUUUUGGAUGAAAUCAAAAAAGGUAUCCAAUUAAACAAUCGUAAGAAAGAAGAGGAGAAGAAAGCAGCUGUGACAACGAAAACAACUUCCUUGAACGUUAUGGCUAUCAUGGAACAAGCUGCAAAAUAUCGCCGUGAUAAAAUACGUCCUCAAUCAGAAUCUGAAAAUGAUGAUGAAUCAUCUCGUUGGGAUGAUAGUGAAUGA